CUGACAAUUGACAAAAACGGGGAAAAAACAAAUUCCCCAUGUCACACAAUUUUAUAUCGAUUUUUCGCACCAAUUACACAAAUUAUAGCAAACGGAAAAACUCAAACACUAAUUAAAAUGUCACUAAUUUAUAUUUUUUAUACAAAAAUUCGAUAAUGGGCAAACACUUAAAAGUUGCGCAUGCGUCUUGAGAGGUUAAUUGACAUUGUCAAAUGUAAGGUUAUAUCCAUGUUUAUGUCAAACUUUAAAAAAUGAGCACCGGGUCAAAACGUACAAUUUACGUUGGUGGUCUUGCCGAAGAAGUCGAUGAUAAAGUCUUAAACGCGGCUUUUAUUCCCUUUGGGGACAUUGUCGACAUUCAGAUCCCUCUAGACUAUGAGACAGAAAAGCACCGGGGGUUCGCUUUCAUCGAAUUUGAGAGCGCCGAAGACGCUGCUGCUGCUAUUGACAAUAUGAACGACUCUGAGCUUUUUGGGAGAACCAUCAGAGUUAAUUUAGCCAAACCACAAAGAAUUAAGGAGGGCUCAACACGGCCUGUUUGGUCUGAAGACUCCUGGCUGCAGCAACACGCAGGGGAGACUAUUGGCAAGACAAUUAACGAUGCUGAUGAUGAAACUAAAGAGGCCACAGAUAACAAUGCAGACAUAAACGAAAGCAAAAAAGUGAAAAACCCUCAAGUUUACUUUGAUAUUAAGAUCGGCAAGACUGAAGUUGGUAGAAUAACAAUGCUGUUGCGAGCUGACGUUGUUCCCAGGACUGCAGAAAACUUUAGAUGCUUGUGCACCCAUGAAAAGGGCUACGGGUUUCAGGGCUCUACGUUUCACAGAAUUAUUCCAGACUUUAUGUGUCAAGGUGGCGAUUUUACCAACCAUAAUGGAACAGGAGGGAAAUCGAUUUAUGGUCGGAAAUUUGUUGACGAAAAUUUUGAACUGAAACACGUGGGUCCUGGCACAUUAUCAAUGGCGAAUUCAGGACCUAAUACUAAUGGAUCGCAAUUUUUUAUUUGUACAUCAAAAACUGAUUGGUUGGAUGGAAAACACGUGGUUUUUGGGCAUGUUAUAAGUGGGAUGGAUGUUGUGCGAAGAAUGGAAAGAUGUGGGACCAAGAGUGGGACUCCCACGGAAAAAGUUGUGAUUGCAGCGUGUGGAGAAAUACAAUGAAAAUAAAAAAACGUUUAUUUUGUAUUUUACUAAAGAAAAUUAAGAAAAAAUAAAAACAAGAUUCACUAAA